GGGUCAACUAAACUGCGUCUUCCAAGCUGCUGCAAAAAUCGCAUUGGGGUUCCGAGAAAACGCAGGAUUUCCUGUGGCAUUGCUUACAUAUCAAAGUUUUAGAUCCGUUAAAGUGCUCAACCCAUUUUAAUCUCCGUCGGUUUCAUGUCUUAUUCAAAACCAUCUUAUCCGUACGUGCCCUAGACUACACAUCAACGAAGUUAGUCUGCAAGAAGUCGUCGAAAAUGUCCGAAGCCACAGUCGCCGACACUCGCCGGUUAAACUCCAAACCGCAGGACCUGACGGACGCUUACGGGCCUCCCAGUAACUUUCUGGAAAUCGACGUGUACGAUCCGCAGACUAUAGGAGUUGGUCGUAAUCGGUUCACCACUUAUGAAGUCCGGAUGAGGACGAACCUUCCUAUUUUCAAACUGAAGGAGUCAUGUGUAAGACGAAGAUACAGCGACUUCGAAUGGCUGAAAAAUGAGCUGGAGAGAGACAGCAAGAUUGUUGUGCCUCCUUUGCCUGGAAAAGCAUUAAAGCGACAGCUCCCAUUCCGUGGAGAUGAGGGCAUUUUUGAAGAGUCCUUCAUAGAGGAGAGGCGAUCUGGACUUGAACAGUUCAUCAACAGAAUUGCAGGUCAUCCUUUGGCCCAGAACGAACGCUGUCUUCACAUGUUCCUGCAGGAUGAAAGUAUUGACCGGAACUACAUUCCUGGAAAAGUACGGCAGUAGGGUUUUCCAAACUGGGACGAGGGAGGGUCUUCUUUCUCCGGUUUUGAGCUUCUAUUCCCAUUCGUCUGCAAGCAGUGCAGAGUAACAUUUAUUUUUACACCAAGCAAAUUUAGAUUUGUGAUGAACCAUGCAGGACUUAAUUUCUUUGGGCCGAUCGUGUGUCUGGGAGUUUCUCUUUAUACACACAUUGUAUUUCUUUUACAUCUAUACAAUGUACUUAUUAGCGUACGUGUGCGUACAUUAAAAAUAACUACAUUAAGCUGUAGCACUGUAUAGCGAAGAGUGUUGGCUCAUAUCUUUGUCCUCUCUGGCAACUGUUGUCCAAACAUGCACGAAUGCUUACUCAUUACAUGUGAGUGGAUGGAUUGUGAUCCCAAAAAUGUUCUCGUUCAAGCUUAAGGUGUACUUGAUAGUAGUCAUGUGACCAUCAGCAAGACUAUAAUGGACUUGUCAGUAUUAUUAUUAACCAAUGAAACAGACGAAUGUUGCUUGUGUCUCUCUUAUCCAUCUCAUGCGUAGUUUGAACAUGAAAAAAGUAGAAUCUCAUAAAAAUGUGAGUGUUGACAAUAUUGAUUAACUUUAAAGCUUUACUUCAAUGUUCAGGCGCAUUUGAUUAUUAGAGAGCCGUUUUAAUUCCAAUUUUAUGUGAGAUUAUUUGUUUCUGAGAAUAUGUAUGCGUAUGCCGUUGUUCAGUAAGUCUUGAUAGUAGUAAACAAAUUUUUUUAAAGAAAUUGCAGAGCCCUAAUAAAUGUGGAGUAUAUCAGGAUUGUUUGGUAUAUGUAUUAAUACAUCUAACAGUAGACUUGAUUUUGGCUAGCAGCUAGGGGACAUUCACCGACAUAUAUUUUACUUAGUUACACAAUAUGCCCUUUUGUCAUAUUAAUACACAGUUGUCCCUUUUUUGUAUGAAAUACAUUUUGAGACCUGUAUUUUAUGCAAAAUUUUGUAUUGUGUUAAACUCCAGGAUAUGUCCUGAAUACGAGUUAAUCAUGUAAACAAAUCCAAAAGCAGCCCCCUCAGAGGACAAAAUAUGUGCCAACUGCGUAAGAGUUGUCCUGCCAAAGUUCAGUCAUUUGUCUCCGAAUGACUCUAUAUUUAUGUUUUCUCCUGUGUUCAUCAAUUUGUGCCUGUGACGUUUGUCUGUAAAUAAAGUAAAACAGAAAUACGGAGCACUGGCUUGAGAUUUUAUAUCGGAAAGUUUCUUAUUCUGUUUAUUCUCUCUUCCAUUUUAGGUGUGAAUGAAGUCCCUGUCCUGGAUUCAUCUACUCUACCAUCUUAUUCCUGCACAUCAGUCAGAGCCUUUUACACCUGCAGUCCAUAUUAUCUUCUGUAUAUAUACAUUUCUAUUCUCAGAUAUAGCUAGGCUACAACAUCUGUACCCAGAGAAUGAACUCAUCUGUGUGCUGUAUUUAUACCUCACAACCUCAGUUUUGGGGAAAAAUAUACAUGCUUUAUCAGUUGAACAAAACAAAUAUAAAACAUUCCUUUCUGUUAUUUCCUCCAAAAAGAAAUAAAAGCUAUUCCACACCUUAGUGUAUUCUUAAUCUGUCACAAUGCGAAAUACUUAAAACAUGAUACUAAAAUGAAAGAUUGUAAUUGGAAAUUAAACCAACAAACUUCUAAACAUUUUAACUCUACCUUCCCUUCUCAUGGAUCAAGAUUAUACUAACUCCUAAAAUGUAGCAGUUCAGACCGAGCUGAAACUGGGACCCCCUCAUGUCUUCCGUUAUUACAUUCCUUGUUUCAUUUUUAUCCUUCAACAUGACCAAACGUGUUACAAGAGGUUUACAACCAUUUUCAAUUGUAUUUCUUUUUGCUUAGUGUCAGUGUAAUGGGAAUGUACAUAUUCAAUCACUGUGAAAUUCAUUAUGAAAAAAUAUGCCAUACUGUUAUAUUUGUAAAAGCCAUCUCUUUAAAACAUUUAUUCUUGUUCUUUUCUGUCCCUUUUAUUAUCUGGACUGUGUGUAAAGAAAAUGGCACUGUUUUUUUAAGCAGCUAGCAAACCCUUCUACCCAUGAAUAAACCAUAUCUGUCUCCUUUA